CCUCGAGAUGGAAAAGCGGAGGCGUUCUGUGGGCUGGGCUGUGAGCCUCCUCCCUUAGACAGCAUCGGUCUGACCCCCGGCCCGGGAGGGGCCCAGCCAGGGGGCUGUCUUAGCCGAUUCCGGCGUUGCCUCCACCAGGUGGUGGCGGAGACUCAGAGGGCGGGUCGCACUUGGGGGUCAGAGAGGAGAGUGACCCGGCCCCGGUCCAGGGCCCUCCCCUCCGCCUUGCGGCCAGAACUCCAGCCCUGGGGAGUGGGCAGGGCCUGUUUUCUGUGCCUCACGCCCUGCUUUUCGCCUCCUUCAGCGCUGUCUGCUAGUUGCUUUUCCUGCGCUCUCUCCUGGGAGGCGAACCCUCGUGCCAGAGAUGGCAGCCACCCUGCUCAUGGCUGGGUCCCAGGGCCUUAGUACCAGGCUGGUCCGACCACCAAAAAAAGCACAUAUCGAACACCUGCUGUAUGCCUUUAGAUACUGGAGAGAAAGAUGGACGAGACGGGCGCUACCCGCCUGCUGACAGUCAGUAGGGAGAAAGACCGUGACUUAACCGUAGUACAGCGUGUUAAGUGCUCUAUGUGCCUUGGAAACAAAGCGCUGUGGUGUGGGAACCAGGAAGUGGGAGUGAUCAGUUCUGUCUGGAGCAUCCGAGGGAGACGUGGAGGGGCUGGGGGCACUGAAAGCAGGCACCUGUGACGUUUGAAGACAUGGCCAUGUACCUCACCCGAGAAGAAUGGAGACCUCUGGAUCCUGCACAAAGGGACCUUUACAGGGACGUUAUGCAGGAGAAUUACGGAAAUGUUGUCUCGUUAGAUUUUGAGAUCAGGAGUGAGAAUGAGGUGAAUCCAAAGCAAGAGAUUAGCGAAGAGGUAGAAUUUGGGACCACGUCUGAAAGACCUGUUGGAAAUGCUGAGGAAAAUCCUGAAAGUGAAGAGGCUUUUGAAAAUGGAGAUAGGUCAGAAAGACAGUGGGGAGACUUAACAGCAGAAGAGUGGGUAAGCUAUCCGCUCCAACAAGUCACUGACCUGCUCGUUCACAAGGAAGUCCACACAGGCAUCCGGUACCACAUAUGUUCUCACUGUGGAAAGGCCUUCAGCCAGAUCUCAGACCUUAAUCGGCAUCAGAAAACGCACACCGGAGACAGACCGUAUAAGUGUUACGAAUGUGGAAAGGGCUUCAGUCGCAGCUCACACCUCAUUCAGCAUCAGAGGACACACACCGGGGAGCGGCCCUAUGACUGUAACGAGUGUGGCAAGAGUUUCGGAAGGAGUUCUCACCUCAUUCAGCAUCAGACCAUUCACACUGGAGAGAAGCCUCACAAAUGUAACGAGUGUGGGAAAAGUUUCUGCCGGCUCUCUCACCUCAUCCAGCACCAAAGGACCCACAGUGGGGAGAAGCCUUAUGAGUGUGAGGAGUGUGGGAAAAGCUUCAGCCGGAGCUCUCACCUAGCUCAGCACCAGAGGACCCACACGGGCGAGAAGCCUUACGAGUGUAACGAAUGCGGGCGAGGAUUCAGCGAGAGAUCUGAUCUCAUCAAACACUACCGAGUCCACACAGGGGAGAGACCCUACAAGUGUGAUGAGUGUGGAAAGAAUUUCAGUCAGAAUUCCGACCUGGUCCGCCAUCGCCGAGCCCACACGGGAGAAAAGCCGUACCAUUGUAAUGAGUGCGGGGAGAAUUUCAGCCGCAUCUCACACUUGGUUCAGCACCAGAGAACCCACACUGGGGAAAAGCCAUAUGAGUGCAAUGCUUGUGGGAAAAGCUUCAGCCGGAGCUCUCAUCUCAUCACACACCAGAAAAUCCACACUGGAGAGAAGCCCUACGAGUGUAACGAGUGCUGGCGAAGCUUUGGUGAAAGGUCCGAUCUAAUUAAACACCAGCGGACCCACACAGGAGAGAAGCCCUAUGAGUGUGUGCAGUGUGGAAAAGGUUUCACCCAGAGCUCCAACCUCAUCACACAUCAAAGAGUUCACACGGGAGAGAAGCCGUAUGAAUGCACCGAGUGUGAGAAGAGUUUCAGCCGGAGUUCAGCUCUUAUUAAACAUAAGAGGGUUCAUACUGAUUAAGUCUCAGAAUUUUGACGACGGAGAAAUAAUUUGUUUGAAGGUACACUUUUAUUUGGUGUCAGUGAGUUCCCUCAAGGUAGAGCUUCCUUUACUGUAGUGACUUUCCUAGUCACAAUUUUAAAUAUCAGAGAAAACAAGCCAUCUGACAUUCUGACCCAUAGAGGAACCGUAUCUCCUCUUCCAAAAUGGUGAUUUUUAUUCACUCAGUAUUGAUGGGUUACUUCAUCAAAAGCAGCCCCGCAAGUAACUAGAAAUCUAAGGAAAAGGGGACAAAUGCCGGUGAAUGCUUAGGCCUGGAAAUGGAGUAAAUCUUUAAAGGUCAUUUCUCUUAUCAGCUGCUUCGGAAAAAGGCAACUAGAAACUCGGCCGGAAAUGCUACACCUGUUCACACACCGUUAAUAGUUGGGCACAUACAUCUUCCCCUUUGAAGGUCUUUCUCCUUGAGUUAUUCAUGCAUUUAUAUCUCCCCGUCUUCCUGAGAACAGGAUUCUGCAUGAUGAAGGCAAUGACCAUAACUUUUCUCCUUCUCAUUGUUUCUAAUUAACUUGUUUAAAGUUUUCAUCUUUGUGAAAGCUAACUGAAGAUAACAGUUUAAAAGGAAAAAAUGAGACACAGGUUUGGGGACCAAGGGCCCAUCUAUGGUGGUGACUUUAGCAAAAGAUGCCCACUGUUGUUACUGUCAUUAAUCAGAUUUAUGGGUUUCCUUUGGGGGGUUACUAUAGGGAACAC